AUGCAUUCCAACGGUGCCCUCCUCCGCUGGGCCGCCACGCUCUUGGCCUCGGCCACUGCCGUGUGCGCCGUCCCCACCUGGCAACCCCCGGCCGUGCACCGGAGGGUCGACUUCAACAUCCUCGUCGGCGGCAACGUCUCCCUCCGCAUCAUGCCCCUCGGCGCCUCCAUCACGUACGGCCUGAGGUCCACGGACGGCAACGGCUACCGGGAGGCCCUGCGCAACCUGCUCAUCGCCGACGGGAACCCCGUCGAGAUGGUCGGCUCCCACCCCAACGGCACCAUGGCGAACAACGCGAACGAGGGCUGGCCGGGCUUCCGCAUCGACGAGGUCCUGGAGAAGGCCGAGAUCUCGGUGCCCUUGACGCUGCCGAACCUCGUCCUCGUCAACGCCGGCACCAACGACUGCGCGCAGAACUACGACACCGACAACGCCGGCGCCCGCAUGCUCGAGAUGCUCGACUACCUCUGGGCCACCUCGACGCGGGCGACCGUCGUGCUCUCGACGCUCCUCGUCAACGGCAACAACGCCACCGAGGCGUGCGUCCUGCGCGUCAACGACCAGUACAGGGCGCUCGUCGAGCAGCAGCAGGCGCUGUCCAAGAAGCUGGUGCUCGCCGACAUGCACACCGCCGCCGGCCCCCAGGCGAGCGACCUCGUCGACGGCACCCACCCGAACGACGCGGGCUACGUCAAGAUGGCCAACAUCUGGUUCGCCAGCAUCAAGGACGCCGCGUCGCGCGGCUGGCUCGAGGCGCCCCAGCCGCUGCCCGAGAGCAAGGCCAGCCGCUGA